AUGGGCAAAUCCGGAAAGCCAAACAAGGAGCGCAGCGCAGCGGCACCUCGCGGUCGUGGACGUGGGCGCGGAACUGGCCGUGGCCGCGGUGCGCCUCGCGGACGUGGUGCGCCGCGUACGACCCGAUCUGACAAAGAAAUCGGCGUCGUUGUUGCCAAAGACUCGGACAGUGACGAUGACGAUGACAGCGAGGACGACGAUGGUGAGGAGGAGGAGACCUCGUCCGGUUCGGGGUCCAGUGAGGAGGACGAGGACGAGGAGGGCGAGGAUGCGGAGGACCCGGAUGAGCCCAGGCAGAUCAAGAUUGGUGUCCCGGUCGCAAUGUGGGACUUCGAGCACUGCGACCCUCGCCGCUGCUCUGGAAAGAAGCUGUCACGACACGGCCUGUGUGCCUCGAUGCGUGUUGGCCAGAGGUUUAGGGGUGUGGUUCUUACGCCCAAGGGCAAGAAGCCCAUCGCUCCCUGUGACGACGAGGUUAUCAUGAUGUCUGGCCUCGCUGUCGUAGAGGCCUCAUGGGCUCGUCUUGAUGAGGUGCCGUUCGGCAAGAUCAAGGGCCCUCACGAGCGCCUGUUGCCAUACCUUGUCGCUACCAACCCUGUCAACUACGGCCGUCCCUGGCGCCUGAACUGUGUCGAGGCCUUGGCUGCUGGCUUUUACAUUACGGGUCACGACGAGUGGGCAGAGUUGCUUCUCAGCAAGUUUUCGUGGGGUCACUCGUUCUGGAAGAUGAACGGCCACCUCAUCGAGCGUUACCGUACUUGCCACACCCACGAGGAGGUCUCGGAGAUGGCAGAAAGGAUCCAGCGCGAGUUGCAGGAGGAACAUGAGAGGCAGAAGGCCGAGAAAGCCGCGUACGAGGGCGGAGACUUGCUUCGUGCCAACCCCAACCAUGUUGGCCGCCCCGAGUGGGACGACAACGCGCGAGAGGAUGAUGAUGAUGAGGAGGAGGAGGAGGAGGAGGAAAGUGACGCUGAGCGUGAUGAUGUUGAGCAGCUCGUGGCUGGUGUCGAGGCAACAACACUCUGA